AGCCGCUCAGCCCCCAACCCCCGCCAAACGCCGCCUGCCUAGUCCGAGCUGAGGAUGCGGCGCAGCGCCCGUGCGGCCACGCUCGCUCCAUUCCGGUGCGCUUGCUAACUUCCUCGGCUCCGUCCCGGUCGUCCAGCCCGGCCGCCCCUUCUCCCCGCGCCCUCUGGGUCGGGUCCUCCAGGUGCGCCAAGCGCUGCCGCUGUUGUGCCCCUAGCCACUAGCACGCGCGUCCGCGCUCCCUGCUCGCGUCCCGCGUCUGGUCCUCGCCCGAUCAUGCUGUCCCUCAGCCUCGUGGUCGCUCUGCUGCUGGCCGCCGGGCCCCGGCCGAGCCUGGGCGACGAAGCCAUCCACUGCCCGCCCUGCACUGAGGAGAAGCUGGCGCGCUGCCGCCCCCCCGUGGGCUGCGAGGAGCUAGUGCGGGAGCCCGGCUGCGGCUGUUGUGCCACUUGCGCCCUGGGCUUGGGAAUGCCCUGCGGGGUGUAUACCCCGCGCUGCGGCUCCGGCCUGCGCUGCUACCCGCCCCGGGGAACGGAGAAACCCCUGCACACGCUGAUGCACGGGCAAGGCGUGUGCAUGGAGCUGGCGGAGAUCGAAGCCAUCCAGGCAAGCCUGCAGCCCACCGAGAAGGACGAGGGUGAUCACCCCAACAACAGCUUCAGUCCCUGCAGCGCCCAUGACCGCAGAUGCCUGCAGAAGCACUUCGCCAAAAUCCGAGACCGGAGCAGCAGUGGGGGCAAGAUGAAGGCCAUGGGGCCACCCCGAGAAGAAGCCCGGCCUGUGCCACAGGGUUCCUGUCAGAGUGAGCUGCACCGGGCCCUUGAGCGACUGGCCGCCUCGCAGAGCCGCACCCACGAGGACCUCUUCAUCAUCCCCAUCCCCAACUGCGACCGCAAUGGCAACUUCCACCCCAAGCAGUGUCACCCGGCCCUGGAUGGGCAGCGCGGCAAGUGCUGGUGUGUGGACCGCAAGACAGGGGUGAAGCUUCCAGGAGGACUGGAGCCCAAGGGAGAGCUGGACUGCCACCAACUGGCUGACAGCUUCCAUGAAUGAGCCCUGCCAGCCAGCAGGUCGGGGGGACUUGUCACCCCCUGCACCCCCCCUGCUCUGGAGGCUACACAGCUGACCCAGAGUGGAGUCUAGAUCUGAGUCCUGCUCUCUCUGCCUGUGGUCCAGAAGUUUUCUUGGGGGUGUGUGUAUGUAUAUGUGUGUGCGCACGUAUGCGCGUGUGUGUCUUUAUAAGGGCAUAGAGGUGCCUAGGGGGUGAGCCGGAGCCUGCAUUAUCCUCUUGGAGGUCAGAGAAUGGCAAUGGGGAGCCCUGGUGUGUUUCCAAAUUGAUUUUAGACCUGUUCUUCUGUCCACCCCUCUACCCACCCACCCAUCCACCCAACCAUCCAAAAACAUUUAUUUACCACAUACUAUGUGUCAGCUCUUAUUCUGACUUCUUCUGACUUGGGCACAUGGGUCACUCCUUAAGGUGGGCACAAACCUGUGAGAGAAGUCUCAAUCCCAGAGUUGGAGGAGAAGAGACCGUUGUCCUUGACUGAUGUUCCUCCUGCAGUCCAGGCAGGGUGCUGGACAAAGGGAAGGCAUGGGGUAAAGAUGACCUGAAGAUUGUGUGACUUGAACCCACUCCCCAGGCUAAGGCUUGCCAGACUUCCCUUCCUUUCUUCUCCCAGGUCAUUCGGGAGAAGGACCUGCAAGGACAAGCCACUUUGGGGCCCAGGCAUCCUUUGGCUUGGUUGCCUAGCAGCUGAGACCCUGCUGGACAGGAGGGGAGGGGUCAGAAGAAGGUCUACAGAACAGAGGGCUGGGCGGUGGGGACAACUCUUGGGGCAGAGUGGGAAGAGAAUGUAAGCUGGGACCGAAUGUGCCUCAUGGAGAAGAGGAUCCACCUGCUGGGCCAGGGGCUUGCCUGGGGUCCUGCUCCCUGCCCCACUGGGGGGUGCAGUCACAACAUGACCCCAUCCUUCUGGUUCCUCGCUGCCAUUGGCUCCCCCAUCCUCUCCUUCCUCAGCAACUCUGACCCCAUUUCCCAACCCCAUCUCCCUGGGCUCUUUCUGGCAUGACUGGAUAGAAGGAAAUUUAAGAACCUACC